CAUCCCCAUUUUCUCUGCUGUUUCCCUUUACUUUGCUACCUCUCUUUUCCCUAUCUAGUUCUUAAAAAUGGAAUACCAGCCUUUGGUAGGUUCAAGCAUUAAUGAAAAUAUUAUUUUGGAAGAAGUUUUGAGGGCUCAUGGUUCUGAUGGCAAAGGUUUUAAAACAAGUUAUGUUCUCAAUUUCGUGAAAAAGAUUCUCUUUUCAAUAUAUAUAAUGAUUGCUGGAGAAAUCAUUCAUGAAGAUGAGGAGUCUGAGGACUCUGAUAAUGACGAGAAGUUUGAUGAGAAAGAAAGUGACGACAAAAAAAAGUCAAAUGAGGAGGAAUUUGAUGAGGAGCCUAAAGACAUGGAACUUUCCUAUCAAAUCAAGAGGCUUUCCUUUGAGAUGUCAUUGAUGUGUUCAAAUAAAAUGGAUUCACACUUGGCUGUAAUUUAUUUUAUGAAAAUGUUGUCCACAUUUUCAUGGGAAGGCAAGCUCUUGAUGAUGCUGGCAGUUUUCUCCCUCAAUUUUGGAGAAUUCAGCCUUGUUCAUGGUCACAAGGGAUUGGCCAGAAAAUUGUCAAUUCUCAGGGGAAGUGAAACUCUAGUUGUUCCCCCGCAUAUCCCGGAAAUGGUUACUAAUUUUAUCAAAUCGAUCUUACAGCUUACUGACUGUAUUGUUGAGCUUGCACAAUCAUCUUCUCAUAAUUCGUCACCAAUCAUACCUAUUGCUUGUUACUGGAUCUUCACAAAUCUCCUUGUUUAUGCAUCAUAUUUCACUCGCCUUCCAAGUAUGGAUUCGAAGUGGCUUAUCAUUGAAGAAACACAACUGUAUGAUUUAACUGCAAAAAUCAAAGACAUAAUCACUGAUUGUCGUCCCAUACUUGAUAAGAAGAGAGAAGAGGAUUGUUACAAAGCAUUGUGUUAUGCAUUCUCUUACGAGAAUCCAAUCCCUUUCACUAAUAAUAAUUUGGAUGUUCUCAAAUUAUUAUUCAAUGUCAAAAAUGGCGGCAAAAAGAAAUUGUUAUAUGAUGGCAAAAGCGAAGAAAUGGUAAAAUUGUGUUCAUUGAAGGACCAGAGCUUGCUGUUAUUAAUAUCGCCAAACCUUAACAUUGACCCUUUUUUGCUUAGAAUGCUUAAAGGGGUUCAGGAUCUCACUAAAGUCCGUAUAGUUUGGAUUCCAAUAUUUGAUUAUCCUGAAUUAUUGGCUAUUAAGCAGAUGGAAGAACAGUAUGGAAUAUUAGUGGAGGUAUUAGAAUGUGUUUCAGUGAUAAAUCCUCAGAAAUCAGUAUCAUCCUGUUUUGUAAGAUUUGUUAAAGAAAAAUGGUUUCCAACAUUCCAAACAGGGGGUGACCCUAUAAUUGUGUCACUGGAUCACCAUGGAAGGAUUGUUCACCAUAAUGCAAUGUACAUGAUAUUGAUGCUAGUUGGAGAUGUUAUCGAAGGGAUUAAAACUGGAGUUGAGAUUGGAGAAAGUAUAAUUCCUUCGUUGCAGAAUAUGUUGAAGGAAAGGACUUUGGCAAUCAGGAGUGUGAUGCCUGACAUUGAUAGGAAGUUAGAUCAAAUCGUUGGUAACAUGGAAAGAGUAAUGAUUGAGGGGUUAGAUGAGAUUGGAAAACAAAUACAAAAUCUGGCGACUUACACAAACAUUUUCACAAGUGAAAUGGAAAAACAUCAGUGGAAGAUCCAAACUUGGUGCUUUCGGCUUGUUGGAGGUAUAACUGAAUCAAAGGCCGACAAGUUUGAAGAUGAUAAGAACGAGCUUUGCAUUCUUAUUGGAGGGAAUAACAUAAAAUGGGUUAAAACAUUUUUGUCCAGCGUAUUAUCAAAAAUUUGUUUUAACCCGCUACUAAGAUUUGAGGUGGAGAUGAUCUAUGUUGGUAGCAACAUGAAAGUAGCAUCGAUGGUUGAUGAUAAAUUCAAGAUUUUUGAUGAACCAGAUGAGGCUGAAAACUUAUUUUCUGCAAGGAUUGUCUGGUCACGACUUGAAAACUUAUUCUUGUCAAGAAUCAAAUUCUUGGACGAGACUCAUGGUGAUGAAGAGAGUGAUGAAAUUGCGAAAGGAUUAAAAUUGUUGCUAGCAUAUGAAGGUAACGGUUUAGGAGUCUAUGGAUGGGCUAUGCUAUGCAAAGGGAACGAGAUUGUUGUUUGUGACUUGGGAGAAAAAAUGUUGACCGUUGUAAAUGAAUAUGAGAAGUGGAAGGAAAGUGCAAUAGCCAAAGGAUUUGACAAAGCAUUCAAAGAUGUUCACCAUAUGCUUGGUUCUACUUCUACUUCACAACAUCACCCUUGUUGUACUCUUGAAUACCCAUCUAAUUUUGACAAAACCCCCAAGAACGUGAAAUGCCCCCAGUGUUGUCGCAAUAUGCAAAAAUUGAUCGCAUUCAGGUGUUACCAUGGCCAUGAUUGUCUUCUUGAUGAUGAUGAUGAUAAUGAGGAGGAGGAUGAUGGUGAUGGUGAUGGUGAUGAUGAUGAUGAUGAUGCAACUUAGGAUAUACUUAAGUAGUUAUUGAUACGUGUUUGCAUUAAUUUAAUUUGUAUCAAAGGAAUAAACACAAUUUCCAUGCAAUAUAUAAUAGAUUAUAAUAAUCCAAUGGCGUAGCUCAAUUGGCAAGUGAGCUCUCUUUGUGGAGAAAAAUUUUGGUAGAACCCAGGUUCAAUUUCCAUAAGCGACUAUUUCCUGUGUCUCUUGGAGUGAACCCCGGUGAAUUUAACAAAAAAAUAAUAGCUUUUUUGUAACUAAGUGGCUUAAACCUUCGAAAGCUU